CGUAUCAACGUGUGAACAUUUCGCUACAAUGUAUUUUUAAGUGCAAAAUAACAAACGUUUUACAGUACUAACCGAAGUUAUCCUUACCACAAUGCGUAUACGAUUGUAGACUGUGAUAAUUUGCUUGUGAAAAACAAUUAACAUCAUGGCCAUCGGCAAAAAUGAAGUUAUUUACAUCGGCGAUAAGGACCUGAACCGUAACCGUAAUACGCGUAGUAACGAUGAAACGACGGAGCGGCAAAUAAAAAUCCUUUUCUUCGACCUAACGCACUACAACCAAACGACUCAGUUUUUGCUCUGCUGCGCUGGAGUGUUCGUCCUCUAUCUGGUGUAUGGCUAUAUGCAGGAACUGAUCUUCACGCUCGACGGAUUUCGACCGUACGGAUGGUUCCUGACACUCGUCCAGUUCGCUUACUACACUGCGUUCGGUUACAUUGAGCGAUCGGUCGAGCGAACGACCGUUCCGAGAUGUAUCCCGAUGCGGACCUAUGCUCUGCUGGCGUUCCUCACUCUCGGCACGAUGGGCCUAUCCAACUCGAGCGUGGGUUACCUCAACUACCCCACACAGGUCAUAUUCAAGUGCUGCAAGCUGAUCCCGGUGCUGAUCGGAAGCGUACUGAUUCAAGGCAAACGGCACGGACCGAUGGACUUCUUCGCCGCGUUCGCCAUGUGUCUCGGGUUGAUAUUGUUCACGCUGGCCGAUUCGCAGGUCCAGCCCGACUUUGACACAUUCGGAGUGUUCCUGAUCUCGAUGGCACUGCUGUGCGACGCUGCCAUCGGCAAUGUGCAGGAGAAGGCAAUGCGGGAAUACCGGGCACCGAAUAAUGAAGUCGUCAUCUUUUCCUACGGCAUCGGAUUCGUGUAUUUAGCCGUGAUCAUGAUGGUAUCAGGACAUCUUGUAAAGGGAAUCGUUUUCUGCGCCCAACACCCGGUGGAAACGUACGGAUAUGCGUUUCUUUUUAGUCUGACCGGUUAUCUGGGAAUACAGAUCGUGCUGACGCUGGUACGAACUUGUGGCGCUCCUCUUGCAGCCACCGUCACAACGGCUCGUAAAGCGGUCACGAUUGCUCUCUCAUUUGUGUUCUUCAGCAAACCCUUCACUAUUCAGUAUCUGUGGUCCGGUUUGAUCGUCGUGUUUGGCAUCUAUCUGAACGUGUACAGCAAACGUAGCAAACUUACCUUUGCCGAUCUGGCCCGAAUGGGAACCACAUUGUAUCGACGAAUUUUACGACUGCCGACCAAGGAUGGAACCAAAAAAUCGCUACUACAAGUGUGAUUCUGCCUCCGUAACGGAGCUCUUACAUUAACCCAAACAUUCAACAAAGGUGCUCUAAUGUAGACAAACAUACGCAUUCAAUCGCUCUUAAAUGAAGGAUUAUCAACUGAAUGUAAUAUCAUAUAGAACAAGUUAACUAUAGACUUCGAAUUUUGGUUUUAUCUAUACGAUGACAGUGUCGUGAAUGUGGUCAGGUCAUUCGCCAAACUCCUCCUCAGAUACAAAUUAUGGAAAAAGUUGCUCACGUAAAUAAUUCGGAUGCCUUAGCAAAGCAAUAAAACUAGUAG